AUGCAGCUCUUGGUGGUGGGACUGCUCCCUUGGGCCUUCCUCCUGCCCCUUGGGGGCUGGGCUGGUGAGAUCAUCGGGGGCAAGGAGGCCAAGCCCCACUCCAGACCCUACAUGGCCUAUCUAAAAAUAAAACAAGGAAGGGGUUAUUACCCCUGCGGCGGGUUCCUAGUGUCGGAGAACUUUGUGCUGACGGCCGCUCACUGCCAGGGAUGCAGGAUCACUGUUACCCUGGGAGCCCAUAACAUCAAGCAUCAGGAACCAAGUCAGCAAGUAAUUCAAGUGCGACGGCAGAUCCCUCACCCAGAGUACAAUGCGAAGUCUUGGAACAACGACAUCAUGCUGCUGGAGCUGCAGAAACCCGCACACCUCAACAGCGAAGUCGGACUCCUCCGCUUGCCCCCUGCCAACCAGCAAGUGGAGCCCGGGACCGUGUGCAGCGUCGCUGGCUGGGGCCGGACACGAGCAAAUAGAAAAGGGGGCUCAGAGAUGCUCCAGGAGGUGAAUUUGACGGUGCAGGAUGAUUCGGAGUGUCAGCGUAUUCCUGAAGUGAAAAAUCACAAAUACAACUCCACCACCAUGAUGUGUGUGGGGGACCCAAAGAAGCCCCAGGCCUCUUUUAAGGGCGACUCCGGGGGGCCCUUGGUGUGCGAUGAAGUAGCCCAGGGCAUCGUCUCCUGGGGAUCUCCCUCUGGGAAGCCCCCCAGAGUGUACGUCAAAGUCUCCACCUUCAUCCCUUGGAUUCAGGAAAUGAUGAGGAGGCUGCAACCCUUAAUCCAACUAGGAAUCCUGUCUCCACCUGCGAAGCUGAAUCAAUUUGUGAAAACCAUCCCGCUGCCCUCAGCCUCUAAACCGGUAAAGCGUGGUGAGAUAUGCAGUACGGCUGGUUGGGGCCGCACUAUCGCCACGGAUCCGUCAUCUUUGGCCAGCAAGCUCCAGGAGGUGAAUGUGACAGUGAUGGACGAUGCCAAGUGCAAGUAUCCGGACUACAACAAGGAGACCAUGCUGUGUCUGGGGGACCCACGGGAGGGCAAAGAUUCUGCAAGGAUGGUGACGAUGCUGAUCCUGAUCCUGCUGCCUGUGGCCUUUCUCCUGCCCCCCGGCACUGGGGCUGGCGAGAUCAUCGGGGGAUGGCAAGCCAGGCCCCACUCCAGGCCCUACAUGGCCUAUCUGAAAAUACAACAUGGAAAUCAGAGUUUCUCCUGUGGAGGGUUCCUGGUGGUGAAGAACUUUGUGCUGACGGCUGCUCACUGCCUGGGAGA